CUUUCGCUUGUCUCAAAGAAAACCCCAUCUUGAUUCUUAUUCGUUUGUAACCCCAGUUGACCUUGUAAAAAGAUGUCUAGUCUUCUAAAAAGCUACUGUUGUUGGCAUGUGAAACCUCAGUUAUGAAAAUGUAAGUCGGAAUUAGGAAGUCUUCUGCUGUGUACAAAUAUGCCUUUCUACUUCAUAUGCUUUCAGUCUGUUACAAAAUACUGAUAAAUUAAUGAGGCCAUUUCACUUUGUAAAAGGAGGGCCUGUUAGCAGUUUCUGCAAAAUACACGAUGUGACAUCAGUUACGUCAGGGAUCAGAUGUUUGUUCCUUCUGAUUGCUGGUCUGGGAUCAGUGAUUUGGAAAAGUUCCAUAGUUUUAAGCGCAAACACCAUAUACUAUGCAGUAGAAAGUUUGCUCUGCUUUUGCAGUUGGUGUUUGGAUGGACAUCCAAGAUCCUUCAGUGCUUCUGGGAGCAGCAGAAGACACAGCAGUUGACAGUAGGGGUUAAAGAGGCUAAUAGGCAGUGGAGGGGUAACAUAGAUUUAAGACUCUCAGAAUGUAGCUUUGAAUUUGGAAAUUCCUAGAGGGUUUUCAAGUUAUUUGUGGGAUGCAGAAUUUUAAAAAUGCAGAAAAUUCAAAUGGAAAGGGGUGUGUUUUGUUGGAGGAGGACAGUAUGCUGUGUUGCCAAGGACUUCUAAACUUUGAUUCCCUUAAUAAAAGUUUUAUGCCCAUUGUUGUAAGCAAGUUUCCACCUGAAAAUUCACAGUGGAUUAUUUUUAAAACAAAUAAUGUGAUUUGUUACAGAAAAUAAAAUAAAUAGCUAUAACUUGUGGUCUUGUUGAGAGAGAACAGGUUAAUGCACUAGGAGUACAACAAAUUAAUAGAAGAGGGCAGGACCCUUAAGAGCUGUUAAAUCUCCUGGGUAAAAAAAACUGUAUUCUGAGUAUUUGUAAACUUUGGAUAUGAUAUUUGCAGUUCUACCUUUUUAUUUGUUUUCCCUUUCUGAAAGCUAAUGGGGCAGGAUAGAUAAUCUGACAAGUCUUGAAGUAAAUUGAAGCAUUACAAUAUAAACCUAUGUAGUUUAUAAUAUAAAUAACACUGGUAAAUUACUUUUCAGCAAACUAAAAGAAGUUGGCACUUCUAUUAUGACCUUUGUUAAAAAAAUCAAAUACUAUGCCAUAAUCCUGUAAAUAGGGUGUCACUGUAGAAAUCAAACAGUGUCAAAAUCUUAGCAUUUUACUUGGGUUAGUUACUAAGACCCUAAAAGAUCCGGCAGGGCACUGAAACUAAUGCGGGUUAUUGAGCUGGGUAGGUGAAGGUGGUAUGAACAGCUGAGAUGAUUUAGACUAGGUGAACAGUCCAAAUGGCAGCUUUGUGAUGCUUUUUGCUUGCUGGUUUCUCUGUAGCCUCUGUACUGUCCCAAUGUUGUCAUGAAGACCGUGAGAUGAUGAUUUUUUUUUUCAAUUUUAUUUUAGAUGUGAAUUUCAUCACUUUGUGUAUUACUUGUGAUCUCCACCUCCCUCUUCUUUCUGAGAGAAAAUAAAAAACUCACUGGAUUUAUAGGCUAAUCAGGUCUUGAAACUAGACAACACGAGCAGGAUUGUCUUAAGAAUUUUUUUUCUGGGUGUAACAGGCUAUACAAUUUCUGAUCUGCUUUUUAUAGCUUGGUGCAGCUGUUCACUCAGAAAUCAUUCAUCCUAGCAUUAAUUAGCAAGACUAGUCUCUUACAGUUUUCGGUAGCGUAACAACUGUUACAGUACUAUCACAAAUUUUACCCAGAAGGUUCGACUUUGAAUCAUAUAUAACAAGCUGGGGGUGGAACUUGCCAAGGUUCUGGAAGGCAUUAAGAACACUAAUGAAUGGCUUGAUCUUUGCUCUCAGCUCCAGAAGACUUGUCCUGUUGUUCAUAAGGAUGUCAUCUGUUACUGAAAAUGGAGAUGUUACUGCAGGAAAACCAAAUGAAGAGAAGACAUAUAAGAAGACUGCUUCCUCAGCUAUUAAAGGUGCUAUCCAGUUGGGAAUAGGAUACACAGUGGGAAACCUUACGUCAAAACCAGACAGAGAUGUUCUUAUGCAAGACUUCUAUGUAGUGGAGAGUGUCUUCUUGCCAAGUGAAGGGAGCAAUCUAACCCCCGCUCAUCAUUACCCUGACUUCAGAUUUAAGACGUAUGCACCUCUUGCCUUCCGCUAUUUCAGAGAACUUUUUGGUAUCAAGCCUGAUGAUUACUUGUACUCAAUCUGCAGUGAGCCUUUAAUUGAGUUAUCCAACCCAGGUGCCAGUGGGUCCCUGUUUUUUGUAACUAGCGAUGACGAGUUCAUCAUCAAAACAGUUCAACACAAAGAGGCUGAGUUUCUUCAGAAGCUCUUGCCGGGUUAUUAUAUGAAUCUGAACCAGAAUCCAAGGACUCUUUUACCCAAAUUUUAUGGGCUGUACUGCGUUCAGUCAGGAGGCAUUAAUAUUAGAAUUGUUGUAAUGAACAAUGUUUUGCCACGAGCUUUGAAAAUGCAUUUCACGUACGACUUGAAAGGCUCCACAUACAAAAGGAGAGCAUCAAGAAAAGAGAGGGAGAAGUCCAACCCUACAUUCAAAGACUUGGAUUUCUUGCAAGACAUGCAUGAAGGGUUGUAUUUUGACUCUGAAACACACAGUGCACUAAUGAAAACACUACAGCGGGAUUGUCGGGUUCUAGAAAGCUUUAAGAUUAUGGAUUACAGUCUGCUACUGGGAAUCCACAUACUGUACAGUAACAUGAAGGAAAAAGAAGGAGAGGGUUCCCAAAGUACAUCAGACACAAAACGUCAUGGAGGACAGAAGGUUCUCUAUUCCACAGCCAUGGAGUCUAUACAGGGCCCUGGGAAGGCAGGGGACACAGUCACCACAGAGACAACAAACACAAUGGGAGGUAUUCCAGCUAAAAACCAUAAAGGAGAAAAGCUGCUUCUAUUUAUGGGUAUUAUUGAUAUUCUCCAGUCUUAUAGGUUAAUGAAGAAGCUGGAACAUUCUUGGAAAGCUCUUGUUUAUGAUGGGGAUACUGUUUCUGUUCACCGACCAGGUUUUUAUGCAGACAGAUUUUUAAAGUUCAUGAGUACAAGAGUUUUCAAGAAAGUUCAAGCUUUAAAGUCUUCACCUUCAAAGAAACGGUGCAAUUCCAUCACAGCCCUAAAGGCAACAUCACAAGAAAUAGUGUGUGCAGUUAGCCACGAGUGGAAAGAUGAAAAGCAUGGCAUUCUUGCUGAAGGACAAAGCUAUGCCAGCCUUGAUGAAGAAGUACUAGGUUCACGCCACCGGCCAGAUCUGGUACCAAGCACUCCGUCUCUGUUUGAAGCAGCUUCCUUGGCAACCACAAUUUCUUCUUCUUCCUUGAAUGUAGAUGAGCAUUACCAACGUGAUCAACCUAUGCUCUACUCUAGCAGUAAAGGGUUGCCUUCAAGUUCAACAUUCACUUUAGAAGACAGUGCCAUCUGUUUAACUUCAGAACAGAGCACACUGGAAAUGGAAAAUGAUAAUGCUUCGGUCUUGGAUGUCUACUUAUAACAAAGAAUACAUGAAGAGUAAGACUCAAGAGACGCAAUCGUGCUUAACAAAGAACACUUUCUGCACUCCUGAUUUAAGAAGGAGGAACUUGCUGAGCCUAAUAGACAAAGAGUAAUAAUCAACUGAACUUAUUCUAAGAAGUGUCAGGAUCUUUGAACCACGGAAAGGAUUGAUGGACUUGGAAAAAAAUCACAUGAAACAUUCCACGCUCUGGUAUCAUCUGCUGUUGCUUGCUGAACUGUGAAGAACUGUGUAUUCAGGCUGCUUUCUACUAUAUUGCAAAUCACCUCUUUUGGACUUGAGAGUGAUUAUUUUCUUACCAGCUCUCUAGUGGUUUCAUUUGCAUGCAUUCUGUAACUAUGCACAAGCAAAAUCUAUUAUAUGCUUUAUCUAUUUAAAAAUAAGCACAGUGAUGCAUAAAAUUAAUUCAAUUUGUUUUGACCCUUCAGUUCUAAUCACUUAGGUCCCCAUCAGUGGAAAUUGAAUUGGUGUCAUACAAAGGUUAGGGUAAAACUGUGCAGAUACUGUAUGAAAAUGAGCCUCUAAAGAUAUUUUUACUGUUGGUGAAAAGGAAAAAAUGUUAUUUAUAAAAAGGCCUUAUGUUGUGUAUAUAUGUUGUCUUUGAAAUAUUUUUGAUUUUAGUUUAUUUCUUGUAAAAGAGGAAAUAUAUAAUUUAUUUAGUAAAUGCUACUGUAAACUAUAGUUUUAUUGAUGAAUAAAAUAUUUUAUUCUCAAGACUA